AUGUCCACAAUGAAAGCCACCGGCGGCCACUCCGAGGCCUGCUGCAACAUCCCACCCAUCGUCUCGUCUGGCUACCAGAAGAAGGGCGACUUCGAGACCAUCGAUGGCAGGAAGACCUACGUGACCGGCCCUGCCAAGGAAGCCACCAAGGGCAUCUUCGUUGUCAUGGACAUCUUUGGCUUCUUCGAUCAGACUGUGCAGGGCUGCGACAUCCUGGCAUCUGCCGAUGAUCACAACAAAUACGCUGUCUUCAUGCCCGACGCCUUCGACGGCGAGCCGCUGCCCAUUGACCUGUUCCCGCCCGACAACGAGGAGAAGCAGAAGAAGGUCGGCGCCUUCUUCGGCAAGAACAGCCCGCCUAGCUUCGUGCCCAAGGCCCAUUCUGCCGUCAAGGCUGCACAGGAGAAGUACCCGAACAUCAAGGAGUGGGGUGUGGCUGGCUUCUGCUGGGGGUCCAAGGUCAUUUCGCUGUCGCUCGCAUCCGGCGAGAGCCCUUUCAAGAUUGCCGCCGAGUUGCACCCGGCUAUGGUUGAUGCUAAGGAUGCCGAAAGCAUCAAGGUUCCUCUGAUUAUGCUGGCCUCCAAGGACGAGGACGCUGAAGACGUCAAGAAGUUCGAGGCUGCUCUCACGGGGCCCAAGCAUGUCGAGAUCUUCGAGGACCAGAUCCACGGCUGGAUGGCUGCGCGUUCCGACCUGACGGAUAAGCGCGUCCAGGAGGAAUACAUACGCGGCUACAAGACGGUUCUGACCUUCUUUGCUAACAACUUCCAGUAA